AUGAUACUGAAUUCCAGUCUUCCAGUUUCCAUUCCACGGGAACGUCGCACCACCCCGGAUUCCGACCUAUCCGACGUUUAUCGUUACCGCCGCCGAAGCCCCAGCUAUGACUCAUACGACCGCAGUAGAGACCGCCGCCGUGAUCGCCACCGACCCGAGUCGUCCGAACGUAGAAGCCCCAAGCGCGUCACCACCAACGAAGGACAUCCUAACGGCGACGCACUUCCAAAAAACUUCGGCCGCCAGAACGGUGGCUUGUUUCACAACCGCGACCGUCGCAAUGGUGACUGGCGACGACGCUUCGAUUCCGAGUCCGACGAGGAACUGAAGGGAUUGCCGUUCGAAGAGUAUCGGAGGCUGAAGAGGCAGAAGAUGCGGAAGUCACUGAGGCACUGUAUCUGGAACAUCACGCCGAGCCCUCCUAGGCGCGAGAACGAACAAGAAUCAGAGGAAGAAAAAGCAGAAGAGAAUAAUGAAAAAUAUGGUAUUGAAAAUAACGAUUCGAGCGACAAAGAGAUCAAACAUUACGAAAAAUCAAAAUCUGAAUCCAAUUCGGAGAGUUCUUCGGAGUCUGAAUCGGAAUCCGACGGUUCGCGCUCGAGGAGGAGAAGAAAGAGUUCUGGUUCCAAGCGCAGUAGACGAAAGUCGAAUAGCGAUAACGAAUCUGAUGCGAGUGAAUCUGAAUCUGACAAUUCAAUUUCAAGGAGGAAGAGAAGAAGGAGUUCCAAGUCGAAGGGUCGGAGAAGGAGAAGGAGAAGGAGAAAAGUUGAUAGUGAUGUUGAAUCGGAGGAAAGCAAUACUGAAGAAGAGGAGCGCAAAAAUAGGAAGGGUAAGAGGAAGAGUGGUAAGAGAAAAGGGAGCAGAAAGAUGAGAAACUAUAGCGAAUCUGAUGAGAGUGAAGAGAGUGAAAGCAAUUAUUCUUCCGAUGGUAGCAGCAGGAGAAAGAAGAAGCAUUCUUCGCUGUCGAAGGUAAGCAGAAGACAAAGAAGCAAAAAAUCUGAAUCAGAAAGCGAGGGUUCUGAGUCAGAAGAGGAAAAGGAUUCUGCUGAUGCAAAGAACAAAGCAACAGUGGAAGAGGUGAACCCCGAGGCUUUGAAAUUGAAGGAACUCUUUGAAUCUCAGAAGACACCAGCUUUAGAUAACGAACCUGCAGUAGGGCCAAUGCCCUUGCCAAGGGCAGAGGGUCACAUAAGUUAUGGUGGUGCCCUUAGACCGGGAGAAGGUGAUGCAAUCGCGCAAUAUGUGCAGCAGGGGAAGCGUAUCCCACGAAGAGGUGAAGUCGGUCUUUCAGCUGAGGAGAUUCAGAAGUUUGAGAGCCUUGGUUAUGUCAUGAGUGGUAGCAGGCAUCAGAGGAUGAAUGCCAUUCGUAUUAGGAAGGAGAACCAGGUUUAUAGUGCUGAGGAUAAGCGUGCUUUGGCUAUGUUUAACUAUGAGGAAAAGGCCAAGAGGGAGCACAAGGUUAUGGCUGAUCUGCAGCGGCUCGUGCAGCGCCACAUUGGGCAGGAUGUUGGCCCAACUCAUGACCCUUUUGCGGCAAAAACUUCCGAUGGUGCUGAUGCAUAAUUUCAUUCGUUUAUGCUUAGCUGUUGUUACCUUUUAACUUAACUUAAUGUUAGUUGCACACUUGUAUACUAUGUUUUGGUUUGCUAGCUAUAUAUUUGUACCUCCCAUUGGUAUAUGGAGACUUAGAGAAUGGAGGCUUUUUCAGUGAAUUAGUAUGUGAUUCCUAUAUUGGUAGAUAUUUUGUAUUUCAGAAUUGCAAUUUUGAUUGGCAUGUUAACCAUUGAAACGUGUUUCUCUAAUGCAAACAAAUUUUGUAUGCUUGUUGGUAA